CUUCCAUUCUUCCAUUUAAUUUCUGAUGGUGUAAAAGUUUCACUCAGUAGAAGUCUAUGAAGGUGGCAUUCCUCAUUAGAGACCCGAGUUCCUGACAGACCAGCAACAAAUAAUAUACUGAAGAUGAGUAGUUCUGAAGAGGUGUCUUGGAUCUCAUGGUUUUGUGGCUUGAGGGGCAAUGAGUUCUUCUGUGAGGUGGACGAGGAUUACAUUCAGGACAAAUUCAAUCUGACUGGCUUGAAUGAGCAGGUGCCCCAUUAUCGUCAGGCUCUAGACAUGAUACUCGACCUCGAGCCGGAUGAUGAGCUGGACGACAAUCCGAACCAAUCAGAUCUGAUCGAGCAGGCGGCGGAGAUGCUGUACGGCCUCAUACAUGCUCGGUACAUAUUAACCAAUCGGGGGAUUGGCCAGAUGAUCGAGAAAUACCAAUCUGGAGAUUUUGGCCAUUGCCCACGGGUGUACUGUGAGAGUCAACCUAUGUUGCCUAUUGGAUUGUCAGAUAUACCUGGGGAGGUUAUGGUCAAGACAUACUGCCCCAAGUGCAUGGAUGUGUACACACCAAAAUCGUCACGGCACCACCACACAGACGGAGCUUAUUUUGGCACUGGUUUUCCUCAUAUGCUUUUCAUGGUGCAUCCAGAAUACCGACCGAAGCGUCCCGUUAAUCAGUUUGUUCCCCGUCUGUAUGGCUUCAAGAUUCAUCCACUUGCAUAUCAGAUCCAGCAACAGGCAGCCAGCAAUUUCAAAACUCCACUUCGUGCUAUGAAUUACAACAAUGGCAAACGCUAAUAUUGUUUGACAUUUUGAAUGUUGUUUAGUUUUAAGAUCAACAUUUAAUAGAUGUUUCUCCUUUGUAUUUAUAGUUUAGUGUCACAUAGGCUACGUAAUUGUAGUACAUGCAUGAUGCAUUGUAUGACUGUUCCUUUGAGGGAGCUUGGCAGUUGUCUUUGUUGCUGGAAUUUCUGUGUAAGUUGUUUAUUAUAUUUAGUUGUGGAUGUUUACUUCUUCAGUAACAAGUUCUUGAUUACAUGUAUUCCUCUAUGCUCUAAGUAUUUGACAUUAAAGUGGGAAAUUAGCAUUUUCUUCUCUAUGUACCCUGUUACUUAAAACUUUCUAUACUUUCUGUUAACUCCCCAACAGUUUGCUGUCAAGAGAAAAAACGUUUGCGUGUUUCACACAAAAAGAACAUUAGUCAUAUCAUAUGUCAAGGUGCUAGAUAUUUAUUCCGAUCAUAGUUUGUUGUAAUUGGAGAAAAUUGCUGUUAUGAUGGUAGAAUUGUUUAAUGUAGGCACAAAAAAGAUGUUUUUACUAAUUUAACAUUUUUCAGAAUUUCUGAUAGUCACUUGUUACGUGCCAUUGUUUGAAGGAUCGUGAUAUACAAACUGUGGAUGUAAUGUGGAGUACCUCACAGUUUAAAUAAGAGGGGGGUUGCUCAACAAUUUACAGUGAAAGGAGGGGGGGGGGGUAGAUAUAUCAAGUUUAGAGUGUAAUUUUAAUGAUUUUUAAACUUCAUGUAUCGUCUAUAACAUAUAAAUAAAAUGACAGUAGUGUGAUUGUUCUAAUCAACAAUUACUGCUGUGUCAGUGUACAUGUAGUAGUAAUUAAUGCAUACUUAUUCCAGCCUGUUUAAAUUAUUGUCUUUUAGAAAUGGAAGCCUAGAAAAUAUUGAUCAUUGCAGUCUUUUCAGUGAAGCAGCUAAUUUAAGAAAGAUUGCGAAAUACUGGGAUGGACCGACGUUUACUGAUGGUAAAAUGCAGCUUGUAAUCUAACUACUUUUAUGACAGGAAGGGCAGAAUGGUUUCUGAUUAAAUCAGACUGCCUUAACGUAAAAGGCCUAAUAAGCUGAUGUACCAUGUUUUGCCUUUUAUAACAACUACCCCUUCGAUUUGGACCAAGAUCUCGUGAGCUCUGCCUGCAUCGCACAGUUAUUUCGAUGAGAUGUGUAUAAUAUUCACUAAAUAGUGAACGGUAUGUGGAAUGAAACAGAUAGUAUAGAUAAAAUGGACUGUUAAUGAUAACAGAUCAUUUACAGUUACAAAACAGUGAGACUUAUCGCCAAACAGUCGAUUAUUUCGAUCUGAUUAGUUCAAAUUCAGUUGACAUGGAAGUGGUGGAGAUUCGAAAGCUAUUGUGUUCAAUUUUUUCACGUGUAAUUAUUCUGAAAACAUGAUGCUUUCACAGUCAUUAUGACAACUGGGAAUUUACUCAGGUAUCAUACACAUACAGUCACUUUUUUGAGUUUUUGGUAAGAUUUAUUUAGUAUACCAAUAACAAAUUUUCAAGUGACUGCAGGCUCAUCAUCAGACAGUGGACCAUGUGCAGCUAGAUGCUAUGGUCGUGGCAAUUGCAAUGCCUUGUGGAAUCACUGGCAAAUUUAUUCUGAUGAUGUACAUUUUGCAUGUUUUACACACACACACACCUUUUGUGAUUAGCAAAUUGUUAUUAGAAAGUAAGUUAUUGUCUUGAAUCUGACUGUCCAAACAGCAAAGUCAGUCAAUGUUGUGCAAAACUAACUUGUUACUCUCGCAUAAAUUAAUAGUAGUAUCAUUGUAACAUUACGUACGAUAUUCUUUGUCAUGACAAAAACGUGUUUUUUGGUUUUGCAAUUUUAUUUAUAAUUCACUGUUAAAAAUGUUGUGUGUCAUUAUGGUUAUCUAUUUACAAUGUAAUGGUCUGGAGAAGUAAACUGAACUGAGAUGAUUAUACAAAGACACAAUGUUUUAAUGUCACAGUGUUUAUAUAAGCCAAAGGGGAAUAAGUAGAAAAACUGCAGAGCUCAUAAAAAAGAUUUUUCUUGUCUAUAUAAUAAUGAUAAAAUGUACUUGUUAAUAAAAAUUCCAUUUUGUAUUGUA